AUGUCGUCCCAGGAUAGCUCUACAGAUUGCUCCACAGACGAAGUUGAUGGACCAUAUGUAUCGACAAUCCAGUUCGCCAUUCAGGACAUGGCGCACAGAUAUGCGCCGAAAUUUACCAAAGUCCACACACUGGACACGCCCAUCCCCACAAGUCAGAUCCACGUUCACGAGCUUCUGAGUGGGAAUAUUUACAUGCCAAUACAGAACCUUCCUCCUCCUUGCGACGAUCCCACCUCCCCAUGGUUUUACAUCAACGACUGCAGGCCGCAAUAUCCGAGCCAACCGUACUACUCUGUUGUUCCUCAGCUCAUUAUCAGAGGAACUCCAUACUAUCCCCUCAACAGCCUAACCCCCAACAAGCACCACGUCCGCAAUUCUGCCAGAGAUCUUGCCGAGUUCUACAUGGACAAGGAGGAUGUUUAUGGAAUUGCCACUGCACUUCUUGCCAAGCUUUACAUGAGCGCGAUUUCCCAGGCCCGCGCUGUCCGGGACACAAUCCAUGCAACGACAGCUGAGAUUCGCGCAUCCAAGAUCCACCUUGCGGCUCCAACCGACUUUGGUUUUCCAGCGUCAGAAUCGGACUGUUUUUCUUCUCAAUGUCACGAGCUAACAAAGCAGUUGCAAACUAGGUUCGUCGGUCUUAAGCCAUACGCUGAUUUGUCAAUUGCUCAGGGCAUCAAGGAUCCUCUGUACCUACUCGACUGGGACGAAUAUAACGAGUUCACGGUGGGAGGCGGGAUUUUUGACAGCUACCUUCUUAAUGAUUAUAAAGCCAUAGACUUCUCCACAGCAUGUGGCCUCCUUAGUGCGGUGUACAACGAUAUGUUUGACCCUCCCAUGGAGAUCCCGCACAUAUGCGAAAAUUCUACUGGGGUCUUCUACAGGCAAUCAAACGGGUUUUCCAUUGACUGUCUUGCAACCCUUCCGCACGCAGAAUAUAUUAUUGUACGACCCAUUGGAGAUCAUGGUGGUGAGUCACUCUCCAAUCCACUCCUUAUUAAGCCUACAGGAAGGUGGUGCACAACAUACGAGUUGCUUAUGGCGUUCGCUGAGUCCUUAAUGUUGAGGGAUUCUGGCUUCCAGGACGAUUUCACGCACAGGGCUAAGCAAAAGUUCGAAUCUGUUAAGGAAAAAUUUGAGCAGAGAAGCGUAGGUGACUCCUCCGGGCGAUGCACAGUUUGCGGGAACAUCGACUUUGACAGUUAUGCUGAGCACGUGGCCUCUACACAGCAUUUGAAAAACUACCGCAAAGAGCUCAACAAACUAUUCAGGCCGACACUCUUGGAGACGGAAGCAGAAAAGGGGCUGAUCAAGCUGGACGACUCAAAUGGACAUUUCCUGGCUCACAGAUCUCCCACUUGUUUAGAGUACAUUAAGCAUGUCAGCAAACACAUGGAGCUGAAGAAUACAGCGCUUGCCCAACUGUCCUAUCUCGCUAACUGCAUUGCAACACGUGAGAACGUAGAUUACACCCUUGCAUGUGCUGCAGUAACACGCUCCUGUUAUUCGAUGGGACUUCCACUCAUGCUCGAUGCCGGCGACAAACCCGUGCGUGCCUCAAGCCCGACUCUGAAGGAAAACAGAUCUGUUCGAGCAUGGUUGGCAGAUGUGCGGCGCGCUCGAGCAGAUGAGUUCAAUGAGGUCGAUGCCAGAAACAGCAAUGCAGAGUCUGAGGAGAGGUGCGCCAUAGAAGCACAGAUCCUUUAUGCACUAGCCGCAAUGUUCGAGCAAGUGGGCUGCGAGCCUCUUUCCCUUCUGAAUGCAGACUUUCCUAACAUAUUGGCGAACGAAAACAGACCCAACAGGCGCCACGUAAUAGAGAUUUUCAUCUCUGGAGAUGACGUGCGCAGUGCAUACAGCUCAGCACAUCCCUCGCAGCGUAUGGGGUUCUGUAACUUUGUUUCUAUCUUCGCUCCGCAUCUUUGUGAAGUAAGCUCAAGCCAAAGCAGUUCUGGUCUCAGUACAAUCGUCUCAAAAGGCCAAGAUAGACUAUACUUAUCCCAGAGCGAUAUAACAGCUUUGGUCUCGGAACUCAAGGACUAUGAAGUGGGGAAUUACGCACCUGGUGGCGUUAUGUCCCGGAUAGCCAGAUUCACACGUUUGGCCCUGGAAGCCGAUCCUCUCUUUACCACAGAGCUGGUUACUAGGCAAGAUACAGCGGUGUCACAAGCAGAAGAUUCCACCAAGGAUGGUUCCAGUGCUACAAGUACACCAUUUGAUCCUCCGGAGAUAACACUGCCUAAUAUGCGGAGAAGUAUAUCCGUAGGAGGAGAUGAAUUACAGCAGGACUUAAGCUUCGACAGAUUUACCGAAGAUCUCAAUGGAGAUACGUCAGCUCUAUCUACUGACCUGCAAGAUUAUCCCAUUGAUAUUUAUCAAAGUCUCCUCACGGAAGUAGAUAGAUAUCUUGAGCCAGACGACAGUGAGCCCUUGCAGCUCAGCAAUCUUCAGUCAGUCUCAUUUGGAGGAUUCAACGAAGCGUACAGUGAAGAGUGCUCCUAUCGAGAUGACUUGAUAUUUUCCAACAGCUUUGAUACAGGAUCAGGCAUAGCGAGAGAUUGUUACAGUAUGCAAAUGUUACAGGCUGACAUAAAUAGGCGUGAUUAUAUAGACAAGGCUCUGGCCGGAGACUUUGCCUCCCAGGUCUCUGCUAUCUACUCUGCCGUCAUUCCAUCACACAUAGGCCCCAGGUCAUACCUUCAUGCGUGCAGCGACCUCCAUACACAAGUGCUGGAUUCAUUAACAGCCUAUAACGGGGUUUCCUCGGUGGAUACGGCGGACGCCGUGGCUAUAGCACUCAAUGCAACGCGGAUUGUGCGCCAGGAUGUAUAUGACAUUGCAUCAACACGGUCUGUGACAUAUUUACCGGGAAGCAGAACAGUCCUGCGAAAAACAGCCUUCGGAAAUUAA